AUGGAUUCGGAACGGGCCGUGGCACUUUGCCAGGCUAUGUUACUGGAAUUCGGUGACGGUCUGCAACCGAAAAAAGCGUUAGCGAUGAGAAACGCUAACCAAUACGUGCCAAACCUUCUAGAAUUAUUGAAAAAUAAAAAAAGAACAACUCAUUCCGGUGGCUACUAUCACGAUGUGGUGAUCCAUGCUCUACGAAAUUGUGGAUACCGUAUGAUCGACACGGCCCGCCGGUAUGGCGUUGAACGGGAACUCGGCUUUGCAUGGAAGGAAUCUGGAGUACCUCGAUCGGAAUUGUUCCUCUGCUCAAAAUUAUGGCCUGUGAAUUUUGGCUCAGGAACUAGGGAGGCAUUUGAGUUGUCAUGUGAAAAGCUCCAAACGGAUUACCUAGGUAUG